AAAUAAACUCCAUAACCCUCAAAGCCAAUCUCAUCUCUCUCUCUCUCUCUCACUGGAACGCGAAGAAGAAGAGACAAAGAAAACCUCCCUCAUUCUCUUCUUCUGUUAUUCCGAAACAAAAUCUCUUCUUCUUGAUCUGGUUUUUCUUUUUCUCCUUUAAUUUCUUUUUCAUAUCACUGAUCCAAACAAUGGCUACAGUUAAUGGGUACCAAGGUAACACACCCAUGGCCGCUCCUGCAGGGACCCCCUCGAAGCAGGCUGUGCCAACGGCGAAGACUGUUGAUACACAAUCUGUGCUCAAAAGGUUGCAAUCUGAAUUGAUGGCAUUGAUGAUGAGUGGAGAAUCUGGUAUAUCUGCAUUCCCUGAGGAGGACAAUAUAUUCUGCUGGAAAGGAACAGUCACUGGAAGCAAAGACACAGUUUUUGAAGGAACUGAAUACAAGCUAUCCCUUUCUUUUCCAAACGACUACCCCUUCAAGCCACCAAAGGUGAAGUUUGAAACCAGCUGCUUCCAUCCUAAUGUGGAUGUCUAUGGCAACAUUUGCUUGGACAUUCUUCAGGAUAAAUGGUCAUCCGCUUAUGACGUUCGAACAAUACUCUUAUCUAUCCAGAGCCUCCUUGGAGAACCAAAUAUAAGCUCGCCUCUAAACACUCAAGCUGCUCAACUUUGGUGCAAUCAAGAAGAAUAUAGGAAGAUGGUUGAGAAGUUGUACAAGCCUCCAAGUGCAUAAUCCUGAGAAGAAGAUUGCAUUUUAGGCGCAGAAGCUUAUGUAAACUUUUUCUUCCCAGUAGAAGGGAAGGGUGGAACGAAGCUUUUUAUAACUUUUUCCCUUUUUUUUUCGUUGUGCCAUCUCAUUUUAUUUCUAUAGUUGUUAGACCAUGAUUUAAUGCAAUGAAUGAAUAUAUCAUUGCUCUUAUGCACUCUCUCUCUCUUGUCAGGAGGGCAGGGAAUUUCCAUUAUAAACGCCUUUUGGUUUCUGGAUUUGAUUUUAA